CUCUGAGUGAUAAUCAGAGAGUUAUAACUGAUAUAAAAAGUCACGCCGUUGUGCACUCAUGGUGAACGUGCCAGCAGCUCUGCCGGGAAGCCGUUAGGAUUUCGUGUCAGAGAGCUGUGCACAAAGUUUCCCUCACCUCGUCAGAAGCCAUAAAAAAGUCCAAAGAUCAGGGAGCCACCGAAAGGAACAAAUACGAUGACUAGAGAGCAGCGGCUGUCUAGUUGCCUCCACCAGCAGAGCUGCACCACCGCUCCCUCAGACAACAGGAGUGAAGACGCCACCAUGGAGAUGAAAAGUAUCCUGAAAUCUGCUAGAAGAGGGAGCAUAUUGAAGGGGGGUGACGGCAGCACCACCCAGAGCAGCUCCAUCUGUGCCGUACGCUGGACCCUGCCCGAGGAGGACGUCCAGACUCACAGCUCGGUCCCCAGCAGACCUGCCACCAGCACCAACAACACCAAACGUUCACAGCAGCAUCCUCGUCAGAACGGCCUGAAGGAUCUACGCAGCCUGCAGGAGUGUGUGCAGUUCAUCCAUCACUGGAAAGAGCAAGUGGACCAAGUCUGCAAGCAGGGCAGUGGCGAUCCAGACGAAGGCACCAGCAAGAAAGAGGCCGAGCAGAGUUCAGACCGGCGCGCCGAGCGCAGUCUUGAGGAGAGCCGGAAACUGAUCCUGGAGUGGGCUGACGAACUCCACCACGUCGACGAGCUCCUGAAGGAGACAUCGGAGAGUGAAGAUAAUGAAGAAGAGGAUGCCAAUGAGAAGGCCCAAAUGAGGAUCAUGGACUGGGCAAAGGAGCUGCAGAUGGCGACUGAGAGUUGUGGCGUGCAGAGCGACGAGCUGGGUAAAGUGUUGCGCCAGCUGGGCCUGAAGAAGAAACGGCUGGUCAACAUGCUGCCUCUGCUGGAGUUUAUCACCUGGUCGCUGCUCAAAGAAGACAGCACGAGAAAGAUUUCACAGUUGUGGUUACUGGCAAAGCAAAGGACCUGGCAAUCAGGGAUUCCAAGAUACAUCCCCAACUCAGUUUGGAGUUGGAUUUGCAGCGCAGAAGCUGAUGUGAUUCUGGAUCCCAUGACCAGCCACCCCUGGCUGCAGCUGUCAGAGGACCAGCGUAAGGUCCAGGAGGGCCGCUCAGAGGCCGACCUGCCUUACAGCUCACAGCGCUUCGACAGCUGGCCCUGCGUGCUGGGCUGGGAGGGCUACAGCUGCGGCCGCCACUACUGGGAGGUGGACAUAGCCAACAACGGCUGCUGGCGCGUGGGACUGACCACCGCUGGUUCCAAGCGUCAAGGCCGGUUCCCCAUGACCCCAAAGCAAGGCUACUGGACCCUGUGGCGCAGCACAAACCAGUUCUACGCCUACACCAAGCCGGAGAUUCCACUGCCCAUCGGCCUCAUGCCUCAACGUAUGGGGAUCUACUUAGACUACGAAGAGGGUCAGAUCUCCUUCUACAACGCAGAAACAAAGUCCCACAUCUACACCUUCACCGGAAACUUCAGAGGGAAGCUGUACCCGCUGUUCGCCCCGCUGGAUGGUCGCACAUGCAUGACAAUCCGUCCUCCAAAUACUGAGAUAGAGGAGUUUUAACAACUCUUACUGAAAAGAAUUCACUUGGACUUGGAACAAAAAUUGUAUUGACCAAAAAAAAUACAGAAAAUAAAAUCUGCACGAGGAUG